AACAAUCUGACAAUGAAUUUGAUAUAACUUCAGAGUUAUUUGAUGAACUUCCUAAAUUACAAUUAUUUGAAUUUAACGAAGAAAAUUAUAUUAAAGCACAAAUGGCACUUGAACAAGAAUUUGUGGAUCAAUUAAGCGAUGAAAAUGAGGAAGACUUUGAUGCAGAUAAAGUAGAUUCUAAAAACCAAGAAGUUUCUUUACUUUCAAUACCUGUUGAAGAAGCAAAUGAACCUGUAUAUAGACUUAAUCCAACUGUGAAUGCAAAUUUUUCACCAUGUGUUCUAAUCGACUAUUUAGAUAAUAAAUUGCAAACAUGUGAUCAAACUGUGAAUGUUAGAAAUAUAUGCCAAACUAUAGAUACUCGUAAAACAGUCAUGUGGAAUCUAGUACAUGAACUUUUGUCAGCAUUUUGCCAUUCAGAUGAUUAUAACCGUUAUCAAAAUCCUUUAUGGAAUACUACUUCUCCCGAUCAGUUUACAGCUACCAGUGUUACACAUCUUGUGCAAAAAAGCAAUAAAGUUGGAAGAAGAAAGUUAGGAGUUGUAAGAUAG